GACUGACUCCAACAGGAACAUCCGGGAAAAACAGAAAACAGUUUAGAGAGAAAAGUCGGAGGAAACGCACGUGGGAUCAUUUUCGUCUCGGACUGAAAUCAAACUAACACUGAACAAGGAGAACAGAGAGAGAACUGAGCRACUAGAGACACAAACUGCUGGAGGACGAAACAACAAGCAAACCAAAGUAAAACUUCACUCUGAGGAGACAAAAUGGCUUCCAGAUCAGACAAUGAUCUCUACUGUCCGAUCUGUCAGGAAAUAUUUAAGGAUCCGGUUCUUCUGUCAUGUAGCCACAGCUUCUGUAAGGAAUGUCUGCAGAAAUGUUGGAGAGCAAGAACUGGUCGCUCAUGUCCUGUUUGUAGGAAAAGAUCAGCAUCAGUUGCUCCUCCCUGUAAUCUGGCUCUGAAGAAUCUGUGUGAGUCUUUGUUACAGCAGAGACACCAAACAGCUUCAGAGGGUCUCUGCUCUCUGCACUCUGAGAAACUCAAACUCUUCUGUCUGAACCAUCAGCGACCAGUUUGUCUCGUCUGCAGAGAUUCACAAAAACACACCAACCACAGAUUCAGACCCAUUGGUGAAGCUUCUCAGCAACACAAGAAGAAACUUCAGGAACCUCUGGAGCCUCUAAAGGAGAAGCUGGAGCUCAGGAAGGCCAAACAUCUGGGCAACCUGGCCUUCAACAUCUGGAGCAACAUGGAGACCAUGGUGACCUACACUCCUCUGGUUCUGGACCCAAACACGGCACAACCAUGUCUUCAUCUGUCUGAUGAUCUGACCAGUUUCACUGGAGGAGAGAAACAGCAGCUUCCGGAUAAUCCAGAGAGGUUUAGGUCAUGGUUUAUUUUGAGUUCUGAGGGUUUUAACUCAGGGAACCACAGGUGGGAUGUUGAUGUUAGAGACAGUAAAUACUGGAUACGUGGUGUGUUAGAAGAGUCUUUAGAGAGGAAGGGAGCCAUAAUGUCUGGAUGGUUGGGUAUUGAGUUAUAUGAAAAUAUAUUCUCAGCACAUUCUCUACCAGCUCCUUCCACUCGUCUCUCAAUCCAGAAGAAAGUCCAGAGGAUCAGAGUGAAUCUGGACUGGGACACAGGAAAACUGUCCUUCUCUGAUCUGGAUACUAACAMACACAUACACACCUUCACACACACCUUCACUCAGAAGAUUUUUCCGAACUUCGGCAGUUAUGAUAAAACAUUAAAGAUCCAACCGAUGAAGAUCUCUGUGAUCAAACAGCAGCUCUGAUAAUCUCAGCAUGAAGAACAAAUUAAUCCUUAUUGAUCAGAUGAUUGAUUGGUUUUAUGAUUGAUA